AUGGAUUAUCCUGAUCCAGACACUAUACGGAUCUUAGUUACUACUGAUAAUCAUGUGGGUUACAACGAAAACGAUCCCAUUACUGGUGAUGAUUCUUGGAAAACUUUCCAUGAAGUUAUGAUGCUAGCCAAGAACAACAACGUAGACAUGGUCUUACAGUCGGGUGAUCUUUUCCAUGUGAAUAAGCCUUCCAAGAAGUCACUUUAUCAAGUACUGAAGACUCUGAGGUUAUCUUGCAUGGGUGACAAGCCUUGCGAGUUAGAAUUAUUAAGCGAUCCCUCACAAGUUUUCCACUACGAUGAAUUUACCAACGUUAACUAUGAAGAUCCUAACUUUAAUAUUUCUAUUCCUGUAUUUGGGAUAUCAGGUAAUCAUGAUGACGCAUCGGGAGACUCACUGUUGUGUCCUAUGGAUAUACUUCAUGCGAGUGGCCUAAUAAAUCAUUUCGGGAAAGUCAUCGAAUCUGAUAAAAUAAAAAUUGUGCCAUUAUUAUUUCAGAAAGGGUCUACCAAACUAGCGUUGUAUGGAUUAGCUGCUGUUCGUGAUGAAAGGUUAUUCAGAACUUUUAAAGAUGGUGGUGUCACUUUUGAAGUACCGACUAUGCGUGAGGGCGAAUGGUUCAAUUUAAUGUGCGUCCAUCAAAAUCAUACUGGCCACACGAAUACUGCAUUUUUGCCUGAACAGUUCUUGCCCGAUUUCCUGGAUAUGGUAAUAUGGGGCCAUGAGCAUGAGUGCAUCCCGAACCUUGUACAUAAUCCAAUAAAAAAUUUUGAUGUUUUACAACCGGGUUCAUCUGUAGCCACUUCGCUUUGUGAGGCUGAAGCACAACCCAAGUAUGUGUUCAUCCUCGACAUAAAAUAUGGAGAAGCACCAAAAAUUACGCCUGUCCCUCUCGAGACCGUACGGGUAUUCAAAAUGAGAUCCAUUUCACUACAAGAUGUUCCCCAUUUGAGGCCUCAUGAUAAGGAUGCUACGUCCAAAUAUCUUAUUGAGCAAGUUGAGGAAAUGAUCGACGAAGCCAAUGAGGAAACCAAACGAAAACUUGGGGACGAUGCUGAAAGUGACAUGGUCUCAGAAUUACCGAAACCACUGAUCAGGUUACGUGUUGAUUAUAGUGCAUCCUCCAAUACGCAAUCCCCAGUGGAUUACCAGGUAGAAAAUCCACGUAGAUUUAGUAAUCGAUUUGUGGGACGUGUUGCUAACGGUAAUAACGUUGUCCAGUUUUAUAAAAGAAGGUCACCUGUAACUAGAUCGAAAAAGUCCAGUAUAAAUGGAACAACUAUCAGUGAUAGAGAUGUUGAAAAACUCUUCAGUGAGAGUGGGGGUGAAUUGGAAGUUCAAACUUUGGUUAAUGAUCUCUUGAACAAGAUGCAGUUAUCUUUAUUACCAGAAGUUGGUUUGAAUGAAGCAGUAAAGAAAUUUGUGGAUAAAGAUGAGAAAACGGCGCUUAAAGAAUUCAUUAGCCAUGAAAUAUCAAACGAAGUGGGCAUAUUAUCUACGAAUGAUGAAUUUCUGCGAACAGAAGAUACAGAGGAAAUGAAAGCACUCAUAAAGCAAGUUAAACGUGCCAACUCUGUUAGACCGACUCCCCCCAUAGAAAAUGAUGAGGCAAAUUCCUCAAUCAACCGUAACGGGCUAGAUUCUUUCCGGUCUAGUAAUCGACAACUAAGAAGCGGACCUUCAGACGUUACCCAAUCUUAUGUUGAUAAUGAAUCUAGAAUAGCUCAUACUAGUGGAGCCGAAAGCAGUAAACCAACAAGCAAAACCAAACGAGUGCGAACUACAAUAAAAAAGAAAGCAUAUACUCCUUCAGACUCAACCGUCAUAUCCGACGCGGAAAAUGAACAUGGUGAUGACAACGAUGCUCAGGCCGAUAUUGAUAUUGAUGAGGACGAUAUAAUUAUGGUCAGCGCUGACGAAGAGGACACUAAUUAUGGUAUACUUAAUGGUAGAAAAACAAGAACAAAGACCUGUUCCCCUACGAGCACCAAAACCACUUCCAAAAGGGGAAAAGGAAGAGCAUCAAGGACGCCAAAGACUGAUAUUCUUGGGAGCCUCCUUGCUAAGAAAAGAAAAUAA